CUAACUGAUAGGUAACGUAAGGGAACCGCAAAGUAAAAGUUCAAAAAAUGCCGCUAUAAAGACAAUUUUAAUGUAAUGUAAUGUUUUUCCAGGAAGAUAAAAUAAUAAAUACGAUAUAGGCUCAAAUAAUAUGAGUAAGCGUAAAAAUCCAUCUGAUAAUGAUAAUCUCAACGCAGAUUUUUGCGAAUUCUUAAUGGAAUUGGCAGAUUACGAGAAGAAUGUAAGUCGUAAUAUUCAUAAAUUCAACGCAUACAAAAAAGCGGCUAGUGUUUUAGCUUCGCAUAGUAAAAGAAUUCAAUCGGGAGAAGAAGCUAAAAAAUUAAAUGGCAUUGGAGAAAAGAUUUCCAAAAAAAUUGAUGAAUUUUUGAAUACAGGAAAACUGAAAAAGUUGGAUGAUAUACAUAAUGACGAGAAUGCUCAGAUUAUUAGCUUGUUGACACGAGUAUCGGGUAUUGGACCGGUAAAAGCGGCUGAUCUUCUGAAUAUGGGUAUAAAAUCAAUAGAAGAUUUACGAAAUAAUAAAAAUAAACUUAACCAUCAUCAAAUUAUUGGUUUAAAAUACUUUGAAGACUUUGAAAAGAUGAUCCCGAGAUCAGAGGUUCGAGAAUUAGAAAAUGUUAUUACAAAAGAAAUUCAAAAUUUGGAUCCUCAAUUUACUAUAACAAUUUGUGGCAGUUAUAGACGGGGAAGAUCUGAAAGUGGUGAUAUUGAUGCCCUCAUUACUCAUCCCUCACUUAAAUUAGGAGGCAAUAAAAAUAAAUGUCAUGAAAAAUUAUUAAAGGAUAUAAUAACGGCUUUAAAGGGAUGCAUUACAGAUGUCAUAUCAAUGGGUGAAACAAAAUUUAUGGGAGUGUGUCGUUUAUCCAACAACCAUCCGUUUCGUCGUUUAGACAUACGUCUUAUUCCUAAAGAGCAGUAUUAUUGUGCUGUUUUAUACUUCACUGGGAGUGAUGUCUUUAACAAAAAUAUGCGGUCGCAUGCUCUUGAGAAAUCUUUCACUCUAAAUGAAUAUUCACUAAGGCCCAUUGGAGUCACUGGAAUUCCAGGUGAACCAGUGCAAAUAGAAUCAGAAGAAGAAAUUUUUGACUACAUUGACUACCCUUACCAGAAGCCAGAAGAUAGAAAUAUGUAAAAUAUAUGUUCUAAAUUAUUGUUGUUAUAAAUAUAUGAUGUAAUACU